GCACUUCGUGAAUGUGCACUCACAGACGUCCCACGCACUAACAGAGAGAUAAGAGCUCGAUAUAUAAGCAGGUGAAGGCAGCAUUUAGACUGUAGUCAUGAAGAUCUUAAUCAGAUUCCUGCUUCUAUCCCUGGCCGCCUUUCUUGCCAGCGGCCAGGAUGACUGUAACCCGGUCUGUACGGAUGAAUACAAUCCAGUAUGCGGUACAGAUGGCAUCACAUACUCAAACAACUGUACCUUAGAGUUUGCCGACUGCGAAAGUGACGAAGACAUUGGUGUGGCAUACAUUGGAGAGUGUAAGAACUGCGAUGAUGUGUGUGAUUUUGUGUGGAUGCCUGUGUGUGGCACUGACAACGUUACCUAUGCCAACCUGUGCGAGUUGCAGGUAGCCGACUGUUUAUCUGAUGCAGACAUCAGUGAGGCAUACCCAGGAGAGUGCCUGCCAUACAUUCAUAACAUAGUGCCACACUGCGAGUCCUCAGUACUGGAGGAGGACUGUAGCACUCACUCUUAUAGCCCCGUGUGUGAGAUCUCUGGCAGCACCUACAACAACGUCUGUGAGCUCUGCCAGGCAGAGAUACAGGCACAAGCUAACGGCGAGAACAUUGUCUACGUUAUCGAUCAUCUGGGUCCGUGUGAGGAGUAACGAGUCAUGCUAUACCUCAUGAGUCGCAUUCAGUCAACGAGGCAGUCAUAAUGGUUGUCACACCUUCUACACGACCUGCACACGUACACGGAAAUUACCAGUCUCCCCAUCUACAAGGAACUGCUCAACCUCCAGUAGCUUCAUACCUAUUUUUGUAGUCAACCCCUUCUUCUAUUUUCUCUUAUUUUUCCUAAGGAUUUUUAUUUUCUGUACUGAGUGAAUAAACUUCUGAUUUUUU